AUCUGCUGCGAUAAUUAUUAUAGCAAGAUCACCACCACAACAACCACUAUCACCACUAUCACACGCUCUGUUCUGCCGCAAACGAAAACGACGCCGUUUUGAGCAGAAUUCUCCGGCGACCGGAAAAUGGUGGAGCCGGUGGAGCUUGGUAGCGAGGAGCAACGCUCACUGCUGUCAGAUGCCAACAGCGGUGAUCUGUCGUGGCGGUUGAACUUCGAAGCGUUUCAGUUGUCUUCCGAGCACGCCGAGAAGAAAGUGAAACCCCGUCGCGGCCUUCACGAUUGCUAUGGUGUUCUAGGUGAAGAAGAUAAUAUUGCUGAAUACUAUCAGCAGCAGGUUGAAGUGCUUGAGGGCUUUAAUGAAAUGGAUGCCUUAGCCGAGCGUGGAUUUAUUCCUGGAAUGUCAAAGGAGGAGCGAGACAAGUUAGCUCGAAGUGAGACGUUUGCCAUCAGAAUUUCAAACAUAGCAAAUAUGGUUCUUUUUGUUGCCAAAGUUUACGCAUCAUUAAGAAGUGGUUCCCUAGCCAUCAUUGCAUCCACUUUAGACUCUCUUCUUGACCUCCUCUCUGGAUUCAUCCUCUGGUUCACUGCGUUUUCUAUGCAAACACCAAACCCAUAUCAGUACCCUAUAGGAAAGAAACGGAUGCAACCAUUGGGAAUUCUUGUUUUUGCCUCUGUCAUGGCGACACUGGGACUGCAAAUAAUUUUGGAGUCUAUCCGGACAUUAUUAUCCUCUGACACUGCCUUCAGCUUGACCAGGGAACAAGAGCACUGGGUUGUGGGUAUUAUGCUUUCAGUGACUUUGGUGAAGUUCCUGCUGAUGAUUUAUUGCCGCUCUUUUACAAAUGAGAUAGUCAAAGCCUAUGCUCAGGAUCACUUCUUUGAUGUGAUCACUAAUGUUAUUGGCCUCAUUGCUGCACUUUUGGCUAACUAUUUUGAUGAUUGGAUGGAUCCUGUUGGUGCUAUCAUUCUGGCUUUGUAUACCAUUCGCACAUGGUCAUUGACAGUGUUGGAGAAUGUGAAUUCCUUGGUUGGAAAAUCAGCUGCACCAGAGUAUCUUCAGAAACUUACAUACCUCUGCUGGAACCACCACAAGGCUGUGAGGCACAUUGACACCGUUAGGGCUUACUCAUUUGGCUCUCACUACUUUGUUGAGGUUGAUAUCGUCCUGCCAUCAGAUAUGCCCUUGCAAGAGGCUCAUGAUAUUGGGGAAUCUCUACAAGAGAAGCUUGAGCUUUUGCCUGAGAUCGAGCGUGCUUUUGUUCAUCUUGAUUAUGAGUUCAGUCACAAACCUGAGCAUGCCCAAGCACACAAUUAGCAGCAAUAUGGAAAAGCAAUGCUAUCUUAUUUCAUAUGCCCUUUCAUCUCCCAUAGUUGUAAAUGUGAACAUUUUAGGUAGACUAUUAGAUUCUGAACUUGGGUGCAUAAGACACUGAGAAAUUGCUAAUAUUUUCAAUGAGAACUGUGUAGAAUUGAAUUUGGGA